AUGGAUAGCCCUAAAUAUUUCAUCAGCUGGGGGUCAGAGAGAAACAUCACAAUAGGACGAUUCGAAGCCCUCCGGUCAUAUCGCCACGAUCUCAUUCGGUCUUAUAGAGAUGUCCUCAAGACAGCUCAAACCUUCACACAGCACUUUUCGGAACAGCCGCUAAAAAGUUACGACAUGGAAAGGGCGCUGAGCAAGAAUAUGGGCUGCGACCCUUCAUGCUGGAAUAAAGAUGCAAAUAGUCCAACUAUUUGUUGGUUGGACAUUGUUCGUCACGGAAAUUUCCAGCAACAACUUGAUGGAUGUUAUUACUGCUCCAUUCAAGGGAGGGUGCUUGAAUUCGAUCCGGAAUUACACGAUAGGGUGGAGUUCUGUCGAAGCCAUGCCGUCCAAAUUUCCAACUCGGGGCCGAGCCGCGCAGAUGUGGAAAGGGAAGAGGAGAUCACUCUGGAGAUAUUGACUGAUAUCUCCGACGAACUAAAAGAUCUCGCAAGAUGUACGAGAAGUGUAGCAAAGCUUGAACAAGCGAUGAAGAUACGCCAUCGCGAGCUCCAAUCCCUCCUAGGCCCUAUCACGAUUGAAUCAAGCGGAGAAGAAACGACUUCCGACGACGAUAGCGAGCAGUGUUCGGACGGUUCCUCUGGAGACUCGAGUGAGGAUGACGAGAUGGAUGACAAAAACGAAAAUAAGGUCCCAGAAGACAAGGGCCCAGAAGACAAGGGCCCAGAAGACAAGGGCCCAGAAGACAAGGGCCCAGAAGACAAGGGCCCAGAAGACAAGGGCCCAGAAGACGAGGACUUGGGUAACAUGGUCUCAGAGGAAAAUGGGAUACGAGAUGACAGUUGCCAGAAUGUCUCCAGUCAACAGAGCAACAAUAAUUCCGAUAAUGGAGGCAAUGCGGCAACAGCUGGUGACAGAGUUGUUCCGUUGGAUCCUUUCCCCUUGAGAACUGCAUCUUCGACGUCUCUAGCAGGAGAGGGUGAGAAUGUCAUCUCAACAUCUCAUAUUCCUCUGCCAGGCGACACUGAAAAAGCUGUCUCGGUGAACCCCGUGCCCUCGAGAGAUCUAUUGCCUAUCUAUUUACCAACGGAGAGGGAAAACAUCCUGACGGAUCACAUGUUUUCGAAAGAUCCCAAGCUGGAUAUGCACCUAUCACUCCCAAAAAGACCCCCGCGCGACGGACGCAAAACCCCUUUUAAAAGUGAGAACUCACCUCCCCAGGUAUCUAAGCGGCGGAGAUCCGUCAUUCCAUCGGACCAACAGAAAAAAAUACAGAAGAGCGAUCGAAAAUCUACCCGCCAAGAGAGAUUGACUGCUGUUGCCUGGAUGAAGGCCAAUUCAAACAAAAAUUGGAACCAAGUGACAUUCGCAAGAAAAUACCGCAUCAAGUUUGGCCACAAAUUUAGCCACACGAGAAGAUACGCAACUCUCAAGAGAUGGAUGGACGACGAAGAGAACUCUCAAGCGGACAGCCAUAUUGUGGUAUUGAAAGUACCGACUAUGCGUCUGCGUGAGGAAUCAUCGAAUGGCAAUUCUGCAGAGCCAACGCCGGACCUUUCAAAUGGCAAUACCUACGUGCCAUCAUCACUUCCACGUGGGCGGUUGGAAGAUCCACAGAACAGGGGGGAUGGUUAUAACGUGGCUUUCUCCCAGAUUUGCUAG